AAAACAGGCCUCUUUUGGUUCGUUCGCUAGUCGGCAUAACAAAAAUCAACCCUUCUUGAAACGCCCUACACUUUCUCUCUUCAUCAUCCUUGUCGGCGAUCGUUCCAUCCAUCUGGGUUUUCCGUACAUUCUUGAUCUACAACGAUGAUUUACCUGUUCUUCGCGGUUUUAUUCAUCGAAAUGUUGACGAUUCUGUUACUUUUGUUCAAAACCCCACUCCGAAAGCUUUUGAUUAUCGGGUUAGAUCGUGCGAAACGGGGAAGAGCUCCAUUGGUUGUAAAAUCCGUCGCCGCCACCUUCUUCAUCAUGAUGAUGUACAACGUUUACACCGUAAUGGAAAUCCAGAGGCGCCCCGCCGACGUCAAUAAUCCAACCGAUCAAAUCAUCCUCGCUUACCACAUGCUCGAAGCUGCUCUCAUGGGAUUCUCGCUUUUCCUAUCACUAAUGAUAGAUCGACUCCACCAUUACAUUCGUGAGCUUCGAAUACUGAGAAAAACAAUGGAAACCACAAAGAAACAAAAUCGAGCAGCUGAAGAGUUUAAGAACAAAGGAGCAGAUGAAGUCAGACAUCUGAAUGAAGAAAUGAUAAGAAUGAGGGGAGAAAUGAAGAAACUGGAAACGAAAUAUUCAGCAAUGGAAAAAGAAGUGAAAUCUGCAGAAGCCAAUUCUCUUGCACUUAAGCAUCAAUCUGAAGGAUUCCUUCUUGAAUAUGAUCGCUUGUUGGCUGAAAACCAGAAUCUUAGAGAUCAACUUCGUGCCAUUGAUGAUAGCUUGUCUCAUGCCAAUGGAAAGAAGGAUACAUGAGUUGGAAAAAAGGAGAAUAUGAAUAUUAUUAAUUAUUAUUAUUAUGCUGCUUUUUAAGCUUCUUCAUGUCAUAUGCAACAAAUUUUCUCCUCUAUGUUUGGGUUUUUGUCUUGGUUUUAACAAUAUUAUGAUUAUUAUUAUUAUUAGGGUUGCAUCUACCUUUUCUUUUUGUAUUUACCUAUUAGUGAAAUAAAGAUACUUUGACUCUUGUAUUGA